AUGAGUGUUAUAGUAACAGCAACCGCGUCUGUUAACAUAGCAGUAAUAAAAUAUUGGGGUAAACGGGAUGAAGAAUUAAUAUUACCGUUAAAUGAUUCCAUAAGUGCUACAUUGGACACAAACGUUAUGUGUGCUAGAACUUCUGUUUGUGCGAGGCCAGAUAUACAAAAAAAUGAAAUAUAUUUAAAUGGAAUCAAGAAUUCAUUUGACAAUAAACGUCUGCAGACCUGUUUAAAAAAAAUUAAAGCUAUUGCCACUUUACAGAAAACUGUCGACGAAGAAUUUUUGUCCUGGAAUGUUCGUAUUUGUUCAGAGAACAAUUUUCCAACCGCAGCUGGAUUGGCAUCUUCGGCAGCAGGAUAUGCUUGCUUAGUAACUGCUUUAGCGAAAUUAUACAAAAUUCAAACGGAUAUAAGUCAAAUAGCCAGAUUGGGGUCUGGCAGUGCAUGUCGAAGUGUUUUUGGUGGUUUCGUUCGGUGGCAUGCUGGUGUGAAGUGUGAUGGAAGUGACUCCACAGCCGCACAGAUAGUUCAAUCAACUCACUGGCCCGAAAUGAGAGUUCUGGUCCUUGUUGUUGCAGACAAAGAAAAACAUACAAGCUCCAGCAUCGGUAUGAAGAAAUCUUCUGAGACCUCUGAAUUACUCAAGUACAGAGUAGAACAUUGUGUGCCCAGACGUGUAGACGAAAUGAUUAAUGCAAUCAAGAAAAAAGAUUUCCCACGUUUCGCAGAACUGACCAUGAAAGAUAGUAAUCAGUUUCAUGCUAUAUGCCUUGACUCAUAUCCACCUUUUCACUAUCUGACUGAUGUGUCAUAUAAAAUUAUAGAUGUUGUACACAAAUAUAAUGAAAUGUAUAGAGAAACCAAAGUUGCCUACACAUUUGAUGCUGGACCGAAUGCUUGUUUGUUUUUGUUAGAAGAAAAUGUCCCCGAGGUUUUGGGUGUUAUUAAAUAUGUUUUUCCUUCUUCUAAUACUGAUUAUGUUAGAGGUUUAGAUGUUCCUGAAGAGGAAGAACAUACAUUUGUACAGUUUCCAGUACAGCCAAUGGAAGAAAAUAAGUUACAGUAUUUAAUACACACAAAAGUUGGAGAUGGACCACAAAUACACUAUGAUGGUCCACAUUUAUUAAAUGAAUUGGGACAGCCUUUAAAUGUUUUAAAAAUAUAA